GGCCCAAGAAGAGGAGGAGGUCUGCAUAUGAAGGAGCCGAUGGUGGUCCAUUCGUCCCUGCAGCUCCUUGUCACUCUUUGGCAACGCUAAUUGAGUACAAGAAUCGAACCGCAUCCCUAAUGAUCAAUUAAGGAGGGCCACGUUUGUUCCAGAGCCGCGCUGAGAGGAUGUCUCAGUUCUGGACGCUGUUUGUUUUCCAUUCGCUUUGCAGCCUCGCAUCGAGUCAAGGCGUUCCUUUGACUAAUGCUGCAGCAAGUGUUGAAUCCAGCGGCUCAUCAGCUCUACUUCGUUCUCUUGGCUUACCUCAGCACACAGAAUAUGAGAUCGUAUCCCCAUAUGAGGUCAGCCAGCGAGGUGUGUACAUUUCGCACGAGAUCGCCCACCAUCAGCGCAGACGACGACGAAGAUCGCCGUCUCCCGACGCGUCCGCUUCAAACGCUAACGGCAGCGGUGAAACGACUCACUUCCGGGUGAGCGGCUUGGGGCAGGACUUCCACAUGGAGCUGCGCGAGGCCUCCCAGACCCUGAUCGCACCUGGCUUCGCCAUCCAGGUCCUGGGAAACAACGGCACCAAGAGCCUCAGGGCUUACCGGCGGGACCACCUCUGCUUUUACCAAGGGUCACUGAGGCUAAAGGUCAACUCGUCAGUGGCGCUGUCCACAUGCGUGGGGAUGUCAGGUUUGAUCCGCACCGCCGACGCAGACUACUUCUUGAGGCCGGUGCCCCGCCACUUUGCGCAGAGAGAGAACUUCACAGCACCUUCCCAUCACCAGCCACACAUCCUCUACAAGAGCGACAGGGAGAGAGGUCAACACCAUCGGGUGCUUCACAAGAGGUCACCCGAUUCAGUCCCUCACAAAUCACACUGGCGCUAUGGCGCUGAAAGGCAAACCAGAAUACAGACUGAUGAAGAGGAGCAGGGACGGCAGCAAAGCGGUCAUCCUAGCGACGCACGUGACGACCGGCAGGAGCAUCACAGCAGAGGAAAUGAGCACGACGGCCUUGACUACGCACACAAGGAGAAGCAGAGGCAGCACUUCUGCGGAAGACGGAAGAAAUACAUGCCGAAACCUCCAACGGAGCAUCUCUCCCUGCUUCCCGAUGAGUACACGUUCGUUCCCAGGAACAAGAGGGCAGUUAUGGGAAAGAAGCCAAAUAAUCCGAAACUCAAUGUUGAGACGCUGGUGGUGGUCGACAGGAAGAUGAUGGACAACCACGGCCGCGAGAACAUCACGACUUACGUUCUCACAGUACUCAAUAUGGUGUCGAGUCUCUUCAAAGACGGUACCAUAGGAGGGAGCAUCAAUAUCGUCAUAGUGGGACUUGUGCUUCUUGAUGAAGACCAGGAUGGUUUGGUGAUCAGUCACCAUGCAGACCACACACUGAACAGUUUCUGCCAGUGGCAGUCCACUCUCGGAGGUCGAGAGGGUCAGCGCCAUGAUCACGCCAUUCUACUCACAGGAUUUGACAUCUGCUCGUGGAAGAAUGAGCCAUGUGACACUCUGGGUUUUGCCCCCAUAAGUGGGAUGUGCAGCAAGUACCGGAGCUGCACCAUUAAUGAGGACACAGGUCUCGGAUUGGCAUUCACCAUUGCCCAUGAAUCUGGACAUAAUUUUGGAAUGGUCCAUGAUGGCGAAGGGAACAUUUGUAAGAAGUCAGAAGGGAACAUCAUGUCUCCCACAUUAGCGGGUCACAACGGUAUCUUCUCGUGGUCCGCAUGCAGCCGCCAGUACCUCAGCCGCUUUCUCAGCUCGGCCCAGGCUUUGUGCCUCUCAGAUGAACCCAGUGCCGUGAAGGAGUAUCGCUAUCCCGAGAAGCUGCCGGGCGAGCUGUAUGACGCGGACACACAGUGCAAAUGGCAGUUUGGUGAGAAGGCCAAGCUCUGCACUCUUGAUUUUAAGAAGGAUAUCUGCAAGGCUCUCUGGUGCCACCGCAUUGGGAGGAAGUGUGAGACCAAGUUCAUGCCAGCGGCAGAAGGCUCUGCCUGCGGGCCUGAUAUGUGGUGUCGAAGGGGUCAGUGUGUGAAACACGGCGAUGAGGGCCCGAGGCCGCAGCACGGCCAGUGGUCGGCGUGGUCGGCUUGGUCUGUCUGCUCGCGAACCUGCCAGAGUGGAGUCGCCUCUCGGGAUAGGCAGUGCAAUAACCCCAGACCGGCUUACGGAGGAAAGUUUUGCGAAGGCUCGCCCCGGUCGUACAAGCUGUGCAACACUCGAGAUUGCCCCCACAACGCCGUCGAUUACCGAGCGCAGCAAUGUGCCGAGUUCAACAGCAAGCAGUUCCGAGGGUGGCGCUACACCUGGAGGCCCUACACAAGAGUGGACGAUCAGGACGUAUGCAAGCUUUACUGCUUCGCCGAAGGUUAUGACUUCUUCUUUGCCCUGGCCAGCAAAGUCAAGGAUGGAACACUUUGCUCACAGGACAGCUCUAAUGUCUGUAUUGACGGCCUGUGCGAGAGAGUGGGCUGUGACCGUGCGUUGGGGUCUUCGGCUGUGCUUGAUGUUUGUGGAGUGUGUAAAGGAGACAACUCCGCCUGUAAGACCUUCAAAGGACAGUACACAAAGCAGCAUCAUACGAACCAGUACUACAGCGUGAUCACCAUUCCAGCCGGGGCUCGGACCAUUCGCGUUGUGGAACUGAAUGCAUCGAGCUCCUACUUGGCCGUCAGGGACACCCAGAGGCGUUACUACCUGAAUGGACAUUGGACGGUGGACUGGCCAGGCAGACAUCCCAUCGCGGGAGCCGUUUUUGAAUAUAAAAGGCCUUUCAACAGACCAGAGAGCCUCAUAUCAGCUGGACCCACUAAUGAGACGCUGGUUAUUGAGAUAUUGUUGCAAGGUUUGAACCCGGGUGUACAUUGGGAAUACACUCUGAUGAAAACUGAUGAAGCAAGCGCUCAACUCAAACACAAUUACACGUGGGCCAUCAUACGCUCCAAGUGCUCAGCGUCAUGUGCCGGAGGCCGAAUGAACACCCAGCCAGCAUGUUACAAAGACUUGCGAGUGCAAGUGAACACAUCGUACUGUAAUCCCAGAUCGAGGCCGGCGACUGGAAUGAUGCCGUGUAACACCCAACCAUGCCCUGCCAGCUGGUCUGUGGGGGCUUGGGGGGCAUGCAGUCAGAGCUGCGGAGGAGGGGAGCAGACGCGGCAGGUCCGGUGCGUCCGGAGAAGUCCGAGCAAAGACGACACCCUCGCUGAUUCUCACUGUUCACCGCUGAGCCCGGCCAGGAGCAGGGCCUGCGGCAGCCACGCUUGUCCAGCGGUUUGGACCACCGGCCCGUGGUCACAGUGCUCUCGUAAGUGCGGUAACGGCUCGAGGAAGAGGACGGUUUUGUGUGCAAGACCCGAGACGGGUACUCAGUCGCGGACUCUGCAAGACAGUUUGUGCGCAGGCUUGCUGAAACCUGCUAGUCAAGAAUCCUGCUUCAUCAAACGCUGUCAGAAGCAACGCAAAGUCCAGUGGUUUGUCUCAACGUGGCAAGAGUGCUCGGUAACCUGUGGCCGCGGGUAUCAAGCACGUUUCAUCAAGUGUGCUGAAAAGGACGCAGCCGGCAAAUACCGAGAGCUUGCAGGCAAAAAGUGCCACCACAUCCCCAGGCCCAAAGUGGAUCUCCAGCGGCCGUGCACCUCGGCGGAGUGUCUCGUCCGGCCGACCCCGUCAGUGCAGCGGUGGAACGCGCAUCAUCAUCAUCCGCCGUUACCGCUCCCGAGACCUGAAUGGCGCGCAUCUCCGUGGUCCCGGUGUUCAGUGACGUGCGGAGGUGGGGUGCAGGCGAGGACAGUCCAAUGCCUGGCACAGAGGAAACCUUUUUCUGGCUGCACCCUCCAUCUAAAACCAUCAAUGUCCCAGGCUUGCAAUACCAACUACUGCCCUCAACCUGACAAAAAGGAUCUGGCAUGUCGGGAUUCCUUCAACUGGUGUUAUCUGGUGCCACAGCAUGGCGUGUGCAACCACAAGUUUUAUGGCAAGCAGUGCUGUCAGUCCUGUUCUAAUUCAAACCUAUAAUCACCGGAGAGUGAUUUGUCUGCGAUGCAGGCGGGAAGGUACUGCAGUUAGAUGGUCGAAAGACUGUACUUGAUGCCCGUGCUUGAAAAGUUGCCUUGUCGCGUGCUCGUGCGAAGCACUGAAACGCUAAAGACAUUUCAAUGGAAGCUCCGGCGACCUGCCAUGACCGAGUCUUUCCUUGCGAUGCUGGACAUCUGAAAACAAGAACUUCUUGCCGAGAGUGCUACACAGGAAUGUGAUCAAACAAAACCAAAAAAAAAGAAAAAAAAGAACAACUCAGCUCUUUGGAGGAAUAAACUGGUAAACUCCCCACCAAUAGAAAAGGAAUCCCAGAAAAUAUCCUCGUCACGACUGACAUCAGAAGGACAAUACUACAAUGCUUGAUGAAUAAGAGCUUUUGAAAAGGGACAUAUCGGAAUCAUAUUACUGUAAAACUUGAAGAAAAAGUCCAAAGUGGAUUUUGUAUUAGCUGGAUAAAUACAAUUAUGAUGCUCCGUAUAGACAAGGUUAAAAACAAAACAAACCAAACAAAAAAAGAAACCUUGAAUCAACUAGUUAUACUAGUUGUACAGUACAAUCAGCGGUGCUACAGUGUUGUUGUUUGUCACCACUGCAAUGUGACAUCCUCAAGUUUCAUGAAUGAACAAAAUCAUCGUUGACCCAGGCACAGUAUCUUUGUUAUUUAUUGGCUUUACGAUACAGCAUUGCUGGAAGACUGUAUUAAUAAGCAGUAUAACUGUGACCUUUUAUUACGCUACCCUUAGCCCACUUAUAUUUUGUAUUCUAUGUCAUAAGAAGCUGACAAACUGCUCCUUUUAUAUGAAAAUAAAGUUAUA